AAAGCCCGGGGUGAGUGAUCAGGGCUAGAUGAGUUCGGGAGCGAGGAGGGAGGGAAGUCUGGAGAAGCUGCCACUCGAAGCCGGACCCAGGGAGCAAGACCCCUGGAGAAGGAGCGAAGGGGGACAGAGGGGCUGAGAGAGUCGGCAGAGGUGCGGUGAGGAGGGGCUGGGGAAGCAGAGAUGCAGAGGAGGGGAUAGGUCGGAGGAGACAGGGAGGGAGGGAAGGCAAGGUGAAGGGAGUGGACCAGGGAGGGGACUGAGCCAGAGCCAGAGCCAGAGCCAGAGCCAGAGACAGAGCCAGAGGAAGAGAGAACUAGGGGCUUGGCAAGGGAAGGACUAGACGGAGAGACAGAGGUAGCGAAGGAAAGAAACAGGAGGGAGAGACGGGGAAGGAGCCUGGGGAGACAGAGGGCAGAGAGAGAAAUAGAUGCCCCAGAAGUGCGGAGGGUAGCCCGGGACUCCCCUCGCCUCCCUCCAGCUGCACCAAGGACCCCAAGGGAGCAGGGAGCGAGGUGCUGCGCAUCACUGGGGCGGACCCAUCUCCCCUUCCCUCGACACCUCCCACCCUCCACCUCCCGGGAACCCCUCCAGCCCCCCUCCCCGGGAGGCAGCCGGAGGCCGGGGAUGGCGGAUUCGUGCCAGAACCUCACGUACGUGCGGGACUCGGUGGGCCCGGCCACCAGCACCCUGAUGUUCGUGGCUGGCGUGGUGGGCAACGGGCUGGCGCUGGGCAUCUUGGGGGCGCGGCGGCAGUCGCGCCCCUCGGCCUUCGCCGUGCUGGUCACCGGGCUGGCGGUCACCGACCUGCUGGGCACGUGCUUCCUGAGCCCGGCCGUGUUCGCGGCCUACGCCCGCAACAGUUCGCUGCUGGGCCUGGCCCGGGGCCGCCCGGCGCUGUGCGACGCCUUCGCCUUCGCCAUGACAUUCUUUGGCCUGGCCUCCACGCUCAUCCUCUUCGCCAUGGCCGUGGAGCGCUGCCUGGCGCUCAGCCACCCCUACCUCUAUGCCCAGCUGGACGGACCCCGCCGCGCCCGCCUGGCGCUGCCGGCCAUCUACGCCUUCUGCACGAUCUUCUGCUCGCUGCCCUUCCUGGGCCUGGGCCAACACCAGCAGUACUGCCCCGGCAGCUGGUGCUUCAUCCGCAUGCGCUCGGCCGAGCCUGGCGGCUGCGCCUUCUCGCUGGCCUACGCCAGCCUCGUGGCCCUGCUGGUGGCCGCCAUCGUCCUCUGCAACGGCUCCGUCACCCUCAGCCUCUGCCGCAUGUACCGCCAGCAGAGGCGCCACCAGGGCUCGCUGGUCCCCGGCCCCCGGGCAGGCGAGGACGAGGUUGACCACCUGAUUCUGCUGGCCCUCAUGACGGGCAUCAUGGCUGUGUGCUCCCUGCCUCUUACGAUCCGCGGCUUCACCCAGGCCAUCGCCCCGGACAGCAGUGAGAUGGGAGACCUCCUGGCCUUCCGUUUCAAUGCCUUCAACCCCAUUCUGGAUCCCUGGGUCUUUAUCCUCUUCCGCAAGUCCGUCUUCCAGCGGCUGAAGCUCUGGUUCUGUUGCCUGUACUUGAGGCCUGCCCAAGGCGACUCUCGGACGUCCCUCUCUCGGUCCGCCUCGGGGAGGAAGGACUCAAGCGCCCCCCCUGCUCUUGAGGGGAAAAAGGGGAACUGGGUGCCUUUGUCAGCCUGGGGUGAGGGGCAGGGCGGGCACUUACCGGCUGUACAGCUACCCACUAGUACCGUGGGAACACCCUCCAAAGCGGGGUCUGAGGCAGCCUGCUCCCUCUGCUGACAUCUGCCCGGUGAGCUUCCGCCCUGUCUUCCGGCCGCAGCUGCCAGAAAUUCAGGGACAUGACCGAUGGCUGUGGGCGGAUCAGCCCAGAGAUGGUUCCUGGAGCCCUGCCGGCCGGAACAUGGACCCUCUGGAUUCAGGGGAUGAUCAGCUGCUAUUUCUCCUUUCUCCGGGUGGCCAUGAGGGGCUGCUGCGGGAGGAGGGAGAUGGGGAGAGGAAUUACCCUGGAACAUAAAAAGAACAGUUGUCUCAAAAUAUCCGGCAGCCUGGCCGGCCUGGUCUGGCCCUCACUUGCCCAUCCAUCUCACUGUCUAAAUAUUUAGAAGGCAGAAAUGUUCCCAGCAGCUUCUGUGCGCUCAGGUCUGCUCUGGUUAGGGUUCUGCCUCUGAACUUCCUUCAUUCAGGGUGCCCCUGAUGCCCACCCCAAGGCCCCAGCAGACAGCCCUGAGCCCGGCUCUGCGGGGAGGCAGGGGGCUCAAGAGCCACCCUCUCUCUGCCUCAUGAAACCUGGGAUUUCCUGACAAUUUCCCUGUCUCCCUUUCCUUCCCGAUUCCCCAUUGAACUUGGGAGGCCUGGUCCACCCCCUACCCCACCAGGGGAGAAGGGGCGACUGUUGCCUUGGGAGUGACACCACUGGACAGUUGCUUGAAAAAAACUGCAUGGCUUGGUGAGUUGCAAGAUGUGGAUGGCAGGUGGCAGGAGAAGCUGGAGAAUGAAGGGGUGGGAGCUACAGAACCCAGGGACGGCCCAAGGACUCAGACCUAAGUCCUGUACCUAUCCCUGGAUAAACAGCUGCCCCCGCAACCGCCCCUGCAGAGCCUGACCGCACCCCCUGUGUCCUUGGAACCCUCGCAAAAAUGUCAUUCAUCCAUUCAUUCAUUCAACAAAUAGUGGGCCCCGAAUCUACCAGGUGCUGGGGACACAAACCGGUCUCAGCCUCACCUGGGACUCUUUUAGGGUGAUUUCCAGCCUUCAAUUCCCCUUCUGAUAGCCGGGGCUUUUCCAGCCAUCCACCCCUCUCUCCUCAUUAGCCAUCCCCUGCCUUUAGGCACUGAACUCAAGGGUUUUCCAGGAGUGAGCAUGAAAGGAAGUGGUGCUUCGGGUGGUGGGAGGAGGUGAAUGGGAAAGCCCCCAGACUCUCCCCAGCCCUGGUCCCACUUUCCCACUUGCUUCAGGGUUAAAGCAAUCAUUCUGCCCCUGGGCGGGAUGAGGGUGGGGGUGGGUGGAAGAAUAGAUGAGGCAAGAGCUUCCUAUAAAGACGGUGGCUAAAGUGAGUCCUCCACCUCGUGAGUUGCACCCUCCUCGCUCCAGCCUGCUAUUAUUAGAGCCACUCUACAUAAGCUGGAAUCAAGGUCCAGAGGAGGCAAUCACCAGCCCCAGGGCACACAGCGAGGAGAAUGUGCAGCCUGCAGGUGGAGCUGGUUUGUGUUUUUUUUUUGGCUGUGUUGUGCAGCUUGUGGGAUCUUAGUUCUCCAUUCAAACCCAGGGCUCUUUGCAGUGGAAGCGUGGAGUCCUAACCACUGGACAGCCAGGGAAUUCCCUGGUUUAUCCUUUUAUUUCCUUAAUCCAGAUGGGGUUAGUGAGUUUCCCUUAGUUUCCUUUCUCCUAGGAUGGUGAUCGUAAUCUAGUACUUAAUUUACAGGGCUGUGCUGAGGAUUAAAUGAUUCAAUUUAAUCAUUAAAAAGCAAUUUAGCAUAAGACCUGGAGUAAAGCCCACAGUAUGUGUUACUGUUGCUGCUGCUAUUGCUGUGGCUAUUGGUGUUUGUUGUCUUUGGCAUCUGAGCACAUGUGGCUUGAAAACAAAACUUUUCUCCAUUGUCAUGACAUUGUUCCACGGUCCAUUUCUCCAUUGUCAUGACAUUGUUCCACGGUCCACCGCCCCCCCCCCCAAGUCACUUUGUUCAUUUGAAGGAGUGGCUGUGAGAGUUGAAAAUAGAUCAAGAUGACUGCUUAAUGGGUAGGGGGUUUCCUUUUGGGGGAAUGAAAAUAUCCUGGAACUAGAGAGCGAUGGUGGUUGUACAAUGUCGUCAACGUACCAAAUGUCACUGAAUUGUACAUUUUGAGAUGGUUAAAAUGGUACAUUUUGUGUUAUGGGUAUUUUACCACAAUUUGAAAAAAAAAAAACCAUGUAAUACUGGACAAAAAUUGAGGAAGUUUAGAAACUUUUAUAGCAGUCUUGCCAGAGUCAUAUUGUACCGCUUGAAUUUAAUAAUAAACAUGUUGACUUGUACCAAAACAAACCAGAAAACGGGUCAAGCAACAGCAGAUGGGGGUCCGGCCUUGUUUACCAAAUCUGCCUCAAUAGGAACCAACUCAAGGGACCUGGUGUGGAGGGGUUGUGUUUCAGGCAGGAGUCAAGGGCGCACCCUCCAGCCCCACCCCUGCCUAUCCAGGUAAGAUUCCCUGGGGUAGGGGUGCGCCUCCUCUCCCGGCCUCUGUUCUGGCCCCUCAGAACUCGCUGAAUGGCAGCACAGGGCUGGGCUUUUGAACCCCCAGCACCCCAAGGUGGGCGCCACUAUCAGUCCUCGUUUUCGGAUGUGGAUUAAGGGAAGGAGAGGAUUCAGUGUUGAAGCUGGUUUUCUGCUGACUUUUACCCACCAGGCCUAACAGCUCAGGACUCCGCCCCCUCCUCUGCGUCCCACUGUGGAUGUCUAAACUGUCCAACUCCUGCCCCAUCUGCUCUGAUCUGGAAGCUCCUCUCCUGGCUGGUUCCUGACUGCUGGGGUAGCGUCUCCGCUGUCAGCCACGGUCCUGUCUGGAGUUCCUGUCUGAGUGGCCCCUCCCCUGCCUGCCAAGCUCCAAGGG